UACGCUGUUCAGUCUUGAUGAAGCAGUGAAAUAAAUCGGACGUUUGAACUGCAUCGAGAUUGUUUUAUUGUGUGCGCGGGACUACCACAAUUUUCAGAAGUGGGAUCGACAAAUCAAAAAAAAAAAAAAAAAAAAAAUGAACACGCCUACAUUCGAGAAGUACACCACGGCACAACUGAAGAAGUGGCUGACGGCGCUGGGUUUGCCCACGACAGGCAGUAAGGCAGAGUUGAUAUCGCGAUUGCUCGAUGCCUCGCCGGAGAUGUUUGAGGAGAUGCAAUCGGGAAGCGACGAUUUUUUAAGCGUUGCAAGUGUUCUGCCUGGCCAGGAAAGUAGAUCGUCCAACAACAAUGAGCGCUAUGAGCAGAAUCAAAAUGAUCGCGAAGGUUCUAGCCCAGGAGAGAGUGUCCACCAGGAAUUGCUAGACACGAUUCAGAAGCUACAGGAAGAAUUACGAUUGAGCAAAGAGGAAUUGCAAAAUGCUCAGAAUAACACAGUUGCGCAUCAAUUGUCUAUAAGUACAACAGAAAUAGACAACAACAACGGCGCCACACAGUUUGUGCGCACAGCUGCACAGCAGUCGGCGCCAGUAGUCGCGAAUCUCAGCGACGGCAACAACAAGAACAACGGUAACGGGAUCGACACAUACAACAACGGCGCCACACAGUUUGUGCGCGCAGCUGCACAGCAGUCGGCGCCAGUAGUCGCGAAUUUCGGCGACGGCAACAACAAGAACAACGGUAACGGGAUCGAAACAUACAACAACGACGCCACACACGUGCUCGAUUUGUGCACAGCUGCGCAACGGUCGGCGUCAGAAAUCGCAAAGUUAGGCGACAACAACGACAACAACAAAAACAGCGAUUCUGUAUAUCAAGCUAUGGGCAACACUAAAAACGUAACGGGCAGUGCUAGAGAAGAAAAAAAUGAGCUAAACGAAAUAAGAAGUGGAUCAGCUGUCUCGCUCGCACUCGCAAAGGAGGUUACGCUGGAGUUCGAAGGGAAGUCAUGUGCGCGCAUUUGGGUAAGCCAACUCAAAAGCGUUGCAGCCAUGUGCAAGCUUGAUGAGGAGUCGCUUCGUAUGCUAUUAGCCAUAAAAUUAAAAGGAAAUGCUCAGCACUGGCUCCAUGCAAACCCGACUCGCUUGCGUGAGCCUUUCCAAACACUGUGCGACCAAUUGAUAUUAGCAUUCGGCACUGGAGCUUCGAAGGCGGAGCUACGACGAAAGUUUGAGCAGCGUAAAUGGCAACAAAAUGAGCGUUUUACAGUGUAUUUCGAGGAAAAGAUCGUUUUAGCGCAAUCGAUCAAAUUGGACAACGAUGAGCUCUUGGAACAGAUCAUCGAAGGAAUACCGUCGCUGAACUUACGUAACCAAGCGCGUAUUCAGAGAUUCGGAGAUCCAGAACAAAUGUUACAAGCCUUUGCGCACAUAUGUCUUCCGAAGUACGAUGGAAUGGGAGGCACCAAGACGACGGAGGAGGAUAACAACAGGCGAUGCCACAACUGUAAUUCCAGAGGUCAUCUUGCCAAGGAGUGCCGCAAGCCGAAGAGGGAGCCGGGAUCAUGCUAUGCGUGCGGAGAGAUGGGUCAUUUCAUAGCGGAAUGCAAGAAGAAGAAGAAGGGUGUUGGUGUACUCAACGUAAACACCGGGCUCAACAACAAUUAUAAUGCCUCAUAGACUCAGGAAGCCCUAUUUCAUUUCUGAAGAAAUCAUCAUUUCCAUUGAAUAUACCACUGGAUAAACCGGUCAAUAAUCU